UAUGAUUAACUAAAACACAGGUACAUGUAAAUUUAAAUCGUUCUAGAAUCGUCUAAAUGGGAUUGGGUACCUGCUACUCAAACACUUGAGAUUACUAUCAAUUCGAAUAAAGUAUAAAUAGAAACAACGCCUUCAAUUGUUUUGACUCAUCCUGAAGGAGAUGUAAAAUUAUAUUUAAAACUUUCUUAAGGCUUAUCCUGAACCAUAUGUUACUUUGGUAAUUGACACUGAGAAACAACUAAAAUAUUCUGAAGAAUUAGGAUGGAAUUGGCAUAAGAGCUGGAAUUUACCAAAUAUUGUUGUCAGAUUAGAAGUAAUGACUUUUUCAAAUCAAUAGAUCAAAGAUUCGUAAACGUAAGAACUUUUACUUUCUCCUAAAAAUUUAUAUGCCUAAUUAUAUGCUGUUAAAAAAGUGUAAGAAGCGAGUCGCGUUAUUCUUUAAGAUGUUGGAUUAAGAGGAACAAGUAAAUUAGAAUUGAUUGAUGGUCAAGCAUAUUUUUCAGUAAAUUAAUUUGUAAAAUCUUACUUUAGGCUUUGAGAUUUGCAUCAACCUCUUAUAACAAUGAAGGUGUGAAAUUUCAUUUAUUAAUGAGUGUGUACAUUCAAAAUUCUGAUACUGAAAAACCUCAAAUAUUGAAUUCCACAAUUUCUCCUCCUAUUUUUGUAGAUAGUAGAAAGAGUGCAGCCAAUUCUGAAUAAAAAAAAUUAUAUUUACAUGCAGAACCAUUUACAUUUGAUUUGUUAGAUAAAAAGUACUUCAAAAGAGAGAAUAAAAGGAAGACUGAACAAGAUGUAGAAAUAGAAAAUGACUUUGAAAGUCUUUUCAAUUACUUAACUGCACCCAACAUUCGUCAUAAAGUUAAACAUCCUCUAUUUUUAAUCAUCAAAUUUUCUUCAUGUGUCUCUCUUUACUAUAAUCCUUAGACUGUAGAAGGAAAUACAAAGACAAUAAUGGAGAAACUUUAAAGCUAAUUAACUAAAGAUAUCAUCACUAAAUAAUUGGGUGCAGCUAGUGAAAAAUAAUAUUAUUUGUUUAUUGAGGAAAACAAUGAUUAAAAUAAGAACAAAAAGGUGACAGAAGCUAUUGAUUUUCUCAAUACUGGAUGUUUAGAAAUUGUAAGAAAGGAGGAUUAAAUUCCUUCAAAAUUUGUUAAAUUAGGAGACUCUGCAGAAAUCUUGGAGAAUUAUAAAUAAUGUUUUGAUUAGUUAUUGAAGAUAUUUAAAUAAUUAACUUAGAAAUUUUGUGAGAGUGAUUCAAAUGAAUCAGAUGAUAACUAUUCUGAUUCUGAGCCUUAAUCAGCAUAAAAGAAGAUUAAAUUAAAUGAAUAUUAGAACUAACCAUCUGCAUCUAAAAUGGACAAAUAGGAACAAGAAAUAAAAAAACCAUCUAUUCCUCCUGAAUAGAAUCCAACACAAUUAUAACAAUAAUAGCUAACUGAUAUUGCAAUUUAAUAAGCACUUAUUUAAUAAUAGUAAUAAUAAUAAUAACAAUAAUAAUAAUAGUAAUAAUAAUAAUAAAAACCUAUUUAAUAAUAACCAUAACCACCAAAAAAUAAACCAACUGAUAUUAUAAAUAAACCUAUUAUACCAUAAGCACCUUAAAAUCUAUAAUUAUAAAAUAAAAAAUAGGUAGGGUAAUCAUCUUCAUUUACUGCCCCUUAACCAGCUCAAUAACUCUAAUAAUAACCACCACCUAUUUAACAUUAAUAAACUUAUCAAAAACCUAGUCAUAUUCCUGGAAUACAAUAAAUUAAUAUACCUGCUUAAGGAUUGCAAGGAGCACCUUAACAUAUGAAUCCUGCAUUCCCUUAUUAAUUUUAAUAACCUAUCGAUUAGAAUGCUUUGUAGUAAUUCAUGUAAUAUAAUCAACUCUACUAAUAACUACUAUUGUAAUAGUAAUAAUAAUAACUAAAUUAAUAAUCCUAUCCUCCUUAAGCAGGUAUGAUGGGUAAUCCAAUGUAAUCAUAAUUAUUGAAUUACAUGUAAAGUAUGGGUGGAAUGGGAUUACCUUAAGGAUAAAUGAAUCCUUAAUCAUUAAUGGGAUAAAAUUAAAACUUUUAAUAAUUAUAAUAAUAAUUGUUAGCUUAAUAAUUAAGUUCUUAAUUAGGACUAUAAGCUGGUUUAACUUAACAAUUAGGAGCAGGAAUGGGAUUGAAUUAAUUAUAAUAAUAAUAAUAUCUCCAACAAUUGCAAUAACAAAUGGGAUUAGGUAAUUUUCCUAAUUUUAAUCCAUUGAUGGGACUUUAUUAAGGAUAACAACAUAAUGUAAAGAAGCCUGGUGAAGGAUCAGGAAUAAUAAAAUAAGAGCCAUAAUGA